AUGGUUGGGUUGGAGAUGAUAUUGGGAUUUGAUUGGUUUCCAAAGAAUCGAGUUUUGUUAGAUUGCUUUGAGCGGUCAAUUCAGUUUAUAUCGGAAGGAGAAAAGGGAGCGGUGAUAGCUGAGGGCUACUACCUGAACUCUGUGAUGGUGCACUGUAGUGGGGGAAAGUGUCAAGGUUAUAUUCUAUUGGCUGCGAAUAAGUUAGGUGAUAAUCAGGAACUAGAUCAAAUUCCGAUAGUUAGAGACUUUCCGGAGGUGUUCCCGGAAGAUAUUCCUGAAUUUCCACCUCAAAGGAAAAUUGAAUUUGCGAUUGAAUUAGUGCCGGGAGCCAGACCAGUGUCGAUGGCGCCAUAUAGGAUGGCUCCGAUAGAGCUGGCUGAAUUAAAGACUCAAUUGGAAGAGCUUCUAAACAAGAGGUUCAUUUGA